UUCACUGACCACACUACAAUGGUGCAUACGUGUAUGUAUCGAAAACUAUUAAAAAAAUGUUUUCUUCCACGCUAUGUUCACAGAGAUCAAAGUAGAAUUCAACCUGUGUUAUUUGUUGAACUACGACACGUCUUUUAAAUGAUUCAUGUGGGGUUCAUGUGCGGUGGUUCAUACCCCCAUUCAAUAAGAAUAUAAAUUAAAAUAAGACAUGACUUAAAGGUCUUAGUUACAAGGUCAUAAAAUCCCUUAAAAAAAACGGACUUUUUGGCGGGAACGCGAGGAGUGAAGUUGUGAUUUGUUAAUAAUUUGUCCAUAUAAUGUUUCUCCGGAUUAAAAUGUGUAAUAUCGGUGCUUUAUUAACUGUUUAGUAUCUUUGAAAGUACAAAUGUGGGAAAAUGAAACAAAGCCGCUGAACUUCUCGGGAUCCUCCGAUUCCAUUCAUAUGAUUAUUGGACCGCAGCAAUCAACUUAAAAAUAAUAAUAGAAUAGUUGUAUAAUAUUUACUUAGUCUUAUAAAAUUAAAGAAGUAUGUACGGCCUAAGCACUGUUUCUAGUAGUAUCGUUGAAAAAUAUUUAUAAAAAAUCAUGAGUACUUUGUAUGAAACCUAAAAAACUAUAUUAGACAAUAAUUAAAAUAAUAAUAUUGUCAAUAUGGAUCAAGACAACAGGGUAGUUGUGUUGAUUGAUAUGGAUUGUUUUUAUUGUCAAGUUGAAGAGAAACUGAACCCAGAACUGAAAGGAAAACCAAUUGCGGUGGUGCAAUAUAACCCUUGGAAAGGUGGAGGAAUAAUAGCAGUGAACUAUGUUGCGAGGGAUUUGGGAGUAACAAGACACAUGAGAGGUGAUGAGGCCAAAGAGAAAUGUCCUAACAUUCAGCUGCCUUCAGUUCCUUGUCACAGAGGAAAAGCUGAUAUAUCAAAAUAUCGAGAUGCUGGAAAAGAGGUAGCCAGAGUUUUGCAAAGAUUCACAGCUUUGUUAGAAAGAGCUUCAAUAGACGAAGCAUACCUUGAUAUUUCAGUGCCAGUGCGCGAAAGACUAAAAACAUUAAAUAUAGGUUCAGUAACUAAAGAAACGUUACCGAAUACCUUCGUACUGGGCUACGAUUCAAUAGAAGAGUUUAUGUCUGACGUACUCACGGGUGGUGCAGACUCAAUAGAUUUUGAUUUCGAAGACGCCAAACAGCUGCUGGUAGGUGCUGUCAUUGUGAGUGAAAUAAGAGCAGCAGUCUAUGAAGAAACAGGUUUUCGAUGUUCGGCCGGUAUAGCUCACAACAAGAUCUUGGCGAAGCUGGUGUGCGGCAUGAACAAACCCAACAAACAGACAAUACUGCCCAAACAUUCCAUUGAUAUUCUUUACAGCACGCUGCCAGUGAAAAAGGUUAAACACUUAGGAGGAAAGUUUGGCUCCAUGGUAUGCACGACACUAAAGAUUGCUACAAUGGGCGAACUAAAGAAGUUCUCUGUGAAGGAAUUGCAGAAGAAGUUUGAUGAGAAAAAUGGAGCUUGGCUGUACAACGUGGCGCGCGGCAUAGACCCGGAGCCGGUUCAGGCCAGGUUUAACCCGAAAAGUAUUGGGUGCUGCAAAAAUUUUAAAGGCAAAUCCGCCCUCGUCGAUGUGGACGCGCUCAGGAGAUGGCUCAAGGAACUCGCCGACGAAAUAGAAAAUCGGCUCGAUAAAGAUGCUCUAGAGAACAGCCGGACGCCGAGACAGAUGGUCGCCAGCUACUCCGCGCAGCUCCCGGGAGGCGGGGACUCCGCCGCGUCCAGGUCCUACAACUUUCUGCCUGAUGAUGACUUAAACGGAGACUUCAUGUCCAAUAAGGCGUUUGAACUUGUCAUGGACGGCUCCGAAGGAUACAAACCCAAAGAUGUUGAAGACAACAGGAAACUGAAAGCGCCCAUAGUUUUUUUGGGAAUAAGCGUAGGUAAGUUCGAAGAUAAUUCUGAAACGAAGAAAUCAAAGAAGAUCAGGGAUUACUUCGAAACUGGAGCUUCUAAGGACAUUACGAACAAAGACAAUAAAGUAUCUUCAUUAAAGUCCGAGGAGCUGUGUACGACCGCGCCGCUGGGAACUAACCAUUGCAAAGCGAAGACGCUAGAAUCGAAAGGAAAAAAAACUGCAGACAAAAGUUACAUAAUAAAUAAAUUCUUUAAAGAAUCCAACAUAAAGACGGAAGCCAAUAUAAUUGAAGAACAAACUGCGCCCUCAGCAGAAUAUAAGGCGAAAUGUGACUCCGUACUAGAGACCAGCUUAGACAGACAAGAAUCGUUCUUUGCUAAAAUUCUAAACGAUAAGUUUAAGGAAAAUAGAAAUGUACUGAAUUCAAAGAGUGACACAGUAAUCAAACCGUGCACGCCGGUCUGUGACGUCAUCGAGCGUGGCGAAGACAGUGACCAGUCGGAUUAUUCACGAUCGACCAUUAACGAUGAAAUCAAUAAAAGUAUUGCGCUGUUCGAUGAAGAUCCUCAGGACGUCCAACGUGUGGCCAGGACUAGGGAAUUGCUCAAAUCUAAUGUUGAAGUAGAAAUUGGGACAGCCGGCAUUGACGUCGCCGGUCAGUCUGUGAGGGGUGAGGAGAACUACAGUUGUCCUGAAUGCGGUAAAGCCGUACCCGUCGGAGAUCUAGGAACCCACGCCGACUAUCAUCUCGCUUUGAACCUAAGAGACGAAGAGAGGCAAACGAUUCGACUAGAGCGAGAUCAGUUUGAAGCGCGAAUUCCUGUUGAAGAUAAAAAGAAAAAGAAACCUCCGGACGAUAUUAAUAAAACUGAAAAUACAAUAGCAAAUUUUUUCGUCAAAAUCAACGAAAACGUACCGACGGAAACGUGUUCCGAGUGUGGGAGAAAAGUGCAGUUAGAUAAGUUUUCCGAACAUCUGGACUUCCACGAGGCUCAGAGAAUUAGUCGAGAGCUCAACAAGAAGGUUACGGUGAAAAUAGGAAGUGGCGAGAAAAGAAAAAGAAAGUCGCCCGUUCAUAAAUCCAAAUUGCCUUGUAAAUCUAUAACAUCAUUUUUUAAAUAAUUGUGAGAUUAAUAAAAUGAAAUUAAAUUUCAA